AUGGUGAUUAAGGAAAGACGUACUGCCAUGCUUAUUAAUGAUAUGGAUAUUCUCAUCUCAUGGUUCACGCUCAACAAAUUGAAGAAGAGAAACUUAAGUAAACGUCUAGAGAGGCAAAGAGGGCUAAAACCGGUGAUGGUAAUUUCUCACAUUCAUGGUCCGAUGGACAUGGUCAUUCCAAGUUAUGACAAAGGUUUUUCGGUCAAGGUUCCUCCAAUAUGCGAUCUAAGUUCAACAAAGAAAGGGAAGCAUGAGGGCAAGUGUCUAGUGGGUUCCAAUGCUUGCUUUGGUUGUGGUAAGAUGGACCACAAGAUAAGAGAUUUUCCUUCUAUUGCUAAGAAUGAUGGAGAUAAUCAUCAACGGGCUCAACCUAAUCCUUCAUCCGGUCCUAGUGGUUCGGGUCCAAAUGCUCCCAAGCAAAACAAAUUUCAUACACUUCAUAUUUGUCAUGAUCAAGAGGGUUCUCCAGAUUUGGUUACCGGCAUGUUGAAAGUCUUUCAACUUGAUGUUUAUGCUUUCUUGACCCCGGUGCUACCUUGUCUUUUGUGA